UCCUGGCGACGCGGGUGUGCUAGUGGCUUUCUGCACGAUUUGUACUUUCUCUUCCUGACCAGUGGGGUGCUGGCAAUGCCGUCUCUGCUCUCAACCCCCAAGCUGGUUCCCGUAAUAGCAAGGCUCCGCGGCCUCUCAGGAUGCAUGUCCUGUUCACAGCGAAGGUACUCCCCCCAGCCUGUGCCGGUGAAGAAGAUCCCAAACCGGUACUUAGGCCAGCCCAGCCCGGUUACACAUCCACACCUCCUCAGACCAGGAGAGGUGACACCAGGACUAUCUCAGGUGGAAUAUGCACUUCGAAGACAUAAACUUAUGGCUCUGGUCCACAAAGAAGCAGAAGGGCACAGUGGGACAGACCACACCGUGGUGGUACUCUCUAACCCUACUUACUAUAUGAGCAAUGACAUCCCCUACACAUUCCAUCAGGACAACAACUUCCUUUAUCUCUGCGGAUUCCAAGAGCCUGAUAGCAUUCUGGUCCUUCAGAGCUUCUCUGGGAAGCAGUUACCAUCCCAUAAGGCCAUGCUUUUUGUGCCUCGGAGAGAUCCUGGCCGAGAAUUGUGGGAUGGCCCUCGAUCUGGCACAGAUGGAGCAAUAGCCUUAACUGGAGUGGAUGAAGCCUACCCACUGGAGGAAUUCCAACACCUGCUCCCGAAACUGAGAGCUGAGACGAACAUGGUUUGGUAUGACUGGAUGAAGCCUUCUCAUGCGCAGCUUCACUCUGACUACAUGCAGCCUCUAACUGAAGCCAAAGCCAGGGGCAAGAACAAGGUCCGGAGUGUCCAGCAGCUGAUCCAGCGCCUCCGGCUGGUUAAGUCUCCUGCAGAAAUCAAGAGAAUGCAAAUUGCUGGGAAGCUGACAUCAGAGGCUUUCAUAGAGACCAUGUUUGCCAGUAAAGCCCCGGUUGACGAAGCCUUUCUGUAUGCAAAGUUUGAAUUUGAGUGCCGUGCCCGAGGUGCUGACAUCUUAGCCUACCCACCUGUGGUUGCAGGCGGUAAUCGCUCCAACACUUUGCACUAUGUGAAGAAUAAUCAGCUCAUCAAGGAUGGUGAAAUGGUGCUUCUUGAUGGAGGUUGUGAGUCUUCCUGCUAUGUGAGUGACAUCACUAGGACAUGGCCUGUCAAUGGCAGGUUCACCGCACCUCAGGCAGAGCUCUAUGAAGCUGUUCUAGAAAUCCAAAGAGCUUGUUUGACGCUGUGCUCCCCUGGGAUGAGCUUGGAGAACAUCUACAGCAUGAUGCUGACACUAAUGGGACAGAAGCUCAAGGAUCUGGGAAUCACAAAGACCAGCAAGGAAAGCGCCUUCAAGGCUGCUCGAAAAUACUGCCCUCAUCAUGUUGGCCAUUACCUCGGGAUGGAUGUCCAUGACACUCCAGACAUGCCUCGUUCACUCCCUCUGCAGCCUGGUAUGGUGAUCACAGUUGAACCAGGCAUUUAUAUUCCAGAGGAUGACAGAGAUGCCCCAGAGAAGUUUCGGGGUCUCGGAGUUCGGAUUGAGGAUGAUGUAGUGGUGACUCAGGACUCACCUCUUAUCCUUUCUGCAGAUUGUCCCAAAGAGAUGAAUGACAUUGAACAGAUCUGCAGCAGGACCUCUUGACCACCACUCUGGCACACAUGCAGCACAGGUCCAAGACUGGCAUCCCUGCCUAUGCAACCAGUCAGUGUCUGUCGGGGACUAGAUACAGCUUCUAUGAGAACUGCACAGCCAAAUGAACAGGGACAUUUUCAUGUUAGUAGAUGCAAAUCUGGAACCGUGGACUCUGGAAUAAUCUGUUACUAGGACUUUAAUGACAAUUCUGAGAAGUUAAUGGUCAGAAAGUUUAACAUGUGAAUGUAAAGUAAGGGCUUGGUUCUAUGUGCCCCUGCACACCAGCUAACACAUUUCAACAGAAAACUCUUCAUCCCUUUCUGCACUCUGAGAUCCACUUCACAUCCUAAGAUGCUUGUGUGGGGCCUGCAUGUUUGCUAAAGGCUACCUGUUAGUGUUUGAGGUGGCCAAUACUUAACUUGCCGUGCCCUCGGCCUCCUGGUCCAGGUUCUCCACACCCACUGGAAUCUCUCGGGCCUCAGGGAACACAGGUGUCCUGCUGGGUUCUAUUCAGCCGGAAUACAGCCACACAACCAGCCAACAGGAAGGAGUCUUGCAUUGGAUCAUUCUUGCCAUUUGAUGGCACAGGACAUGGAAGUGUCUAGGUUCUUCUAGUGAAGAAAAUGAAAGAAAAAAGUAUCUGUGUGUCUCCACAGAUCCAGACCUUGAGCUCUGUUUUCUUCAAUUUAAAGGAGAUUGUUCAAAUGUUCACCUUCCUCUCUUUCAUAGGUUCUUUUCUUAGGCAAAAUUGUCACUAUGUGCCUCAGGUCCUUCAUAGGUUGCUGUGAUUUAUGACAGGAUCCUGUAUAGCCCAGGCUGGCCUCAAACUCAAUACACAGUUAUUGCUGGCCUCAGAUUAUUGGUCUCCCUGCCCGUGCCCAGCUCACCUUUACAGGUGUGUGUGUUUGGUUGGUUGGCAUCUCUGUAGCCCUGACUGUCCUGGAACUCAAUCUGUUGACCAGAUUGGCUUCAAACUCAGAGAUCUGCCUCCAUCUGCCUCCCUAAAGGUUGGGAUUAAAAGCAUUAUCUACCACCAUUCAGUUCUUCAUAGGUUCUUUUUUUUUUUCUUUUUUCUUUUUUUUCCCCUGAGACAGGGUUUCUCUGUGUAGCCCAGGCUGUCCUAGAACUCACCCUGUAGACCAGGCUAGCCUCAAACUCAGAAAUCUGCCUGCCUCUGCCUCCCAAAUGCUGGGAUUAAAGGCCUCAAUCCUUGGGGACCAGUGAAAUUACCUGAGAGCAACUUCCCAGUAAACCUCCCUUUAAUUUAAAAAAAAAAAAAAAGAGCAUGAUGAACUCAGUAUGGGCAUAGUGGCUAGUGCCUGUAAUUCCGCAUUCUGACUGCAGUGACAGGAAUAUGGUCAUAAGGUCAAGACCCAGACCAGUCUGGUCUACAUAACAAGUCACAAGCCACCCAUGGCUAUGUGAUGACCAUAUCUAAAAAUUAAAACAAAACAGAAAGUACUACAACUUUGUGUUAGAUAUCUGUCCUACCAAUAAAGUUAAAUAUAUGGAAUGCACUCAGUAGUUGUGACUACCCUCUGGUCCACCUCUUACUCUAAUACUAGGGAUGGCAUGGCCAGGCAGUGGCAGAGUCAUGAUCCUUUCCUUAAACGCGGCUUCAGGUUCGGUUGUACAACCCAGAUUGCAAGGUGAACAAGUCGUGCCAGAUUAAUACAAACGGUUCAGUCACCAGCUUGGCUGAGCCGGGCACAGUCCUUAGCACUUGAAGCAGGCAGAUCUCUAAGUUCAAAGCCAGCCUGAUCUACAGAUCGAGGUCCAGAACAGCCAGGGCUACACAGAGAAACCCUGUCUCAAAAAUAAAAUAAGCUUAUGUGAUAGAGGGAAGCCCUAAUUAAGAGCUAGUGUACUGACUCCUUUUAAAUCUGAGUAUGUGUAGGCCCAUGAUAAAACAUGUCAAUUGUUACAGCAUAAACUCAAGGAUUUUGUGGGAUCCACCCCUACCUCUCAUAUUUCUGUUAGGGAAGUGCAAGCUAGACCAUUAGCAAGCAGUCCCUGCAGUGCAGGUGACUGACACAUCCUAAGAAAAUUCUUCACAGUACCCCUAGAAACCAGCAGGGGACAAAGGUAGUGUGAGAACUAAACAUUAGGACACAAAUGGCCCUCUGACUACUCAUCCACAAGGCCUUAUCAAUCUCUCCUGAGGGCAGUAGCACUGGAGGCUGCCCACCCAGUCUGUCCUUUCUACCUACCAUCCAUCUUCUGGGUCUCAGACCUAACCUACUUUCUAAAGGAAGAGUAAAUCCAUUACCAUGGCCUCUCACUUAGCCUGCUUCUGUGCUCAAACAGCCUUCCCUUGCAGUGACUUUCCUUUCUUUCUGUAAGUUGUCAUCUGUAGCUCUCACCUUUCUUGCUGAAAGUCUCGGUUGCUUUUAUGCAUAGCAGAGUUGGAGAGGAAACUGACUUCUGCUUACAUUACAGUCAAGUUCUGGAGAUGAUACUGAUGGUUAGGGUGGCUUUGAUGGAAUUCUGGUGAAUUUGGUCUAUGGUCCAACCUGCUACCCAUUGAGUCCUGGAUUAACCUUGGCAGCCAAGCAUUUCAGUUUGACUGUUAGAACCAUUCAGAAAACAAUGGAGAUGCCUCAACUGCAUCAGAUGUGUGGCCAGGCUGGUCUUGCUGGGACCAGCACUAGCACAUACUCACUGAGCAAGUAGUCACACAGAGUAACUUACUAUACAUCCUGUCUCUACAGUUAGUGUUUUGUGCAUGUGUGCUUCAGUCUUUCCUCUUAAAGUCUUUUUACCUUCUAUCUUGCCAUUUGGUGUUGGUAUUGGUUUGGUUUGGUUUGGCUUAUGAGACAGGGUCUCUCCUGGAACUCACUGUAUAGACCAGGCUAAUAUACUGAAAGAGACCCACCUGCCUCUGCCUCCCAAGUACUGAAGUUAAAGGCCUGUACCACCACUACCACCACAGCCAGCAACUUUUUUUUUUUUAAAUGA